CAGGACCCAGGCGCGGGGCGCAUCCUCCCUUUCGUAUCAAGCUAGCACGCAGCACGGAUGUCUGGACAGCAUUCUGAGCACUCAUUCAGCUCUUCACCCCUUCCUCUAGCAAGCGGAGGACAGGAGACAAUUCUCGCAAAUCCAUGCCGCAUUGCUGGAAACCGACCUUCUGUGGCCAUUCUGCCCGAUGCUUGCCUUUCGACAGGCUGCAUUGGUCCAAACGUUGGAAGCUUUGGCACAUCAUUGCUGCAGAGGGAAAGCGGAGCAGCCCAUCACUUGCUUCUUUUCCUCUUUUCAGCACCAGCUUCGAACAGCUUGGCAGGAUAACAGACAGAAACCUGUGCGAGCGAGCGACUUGCUCUCUCCUGGUUUAAAGAUCCAGAGUCACGACCAAGACAGACUUUCCACCAGCAGCAUUGAGUCAACUCGAAGGUACACAGCACUUAGUCACACUCUUGGAGCUGAGAAGUGUCCAUCUUCUGCAGAGCGGCCGUUUGGAACAGGUAUUGUCCCUGGAUCUGACAGAAUGCCAGCUCACUGGCUGCUCAAAAGCGAGCCUGAGGAAUGGUCCUGGGAGGACCAGGUCAAGAAGGGGGUGGAGAGCUGGGACGGAGUGCGCAAUGCGCUGGCGCAGAAAAAUAUGCGAGCCAUGAAGUGUGGAGACCUCUGCUUCUUCUACCACUCUGGUAAACAGAAGGCUGUGGUCGGGAUUGUCAGCGUAUGUAAGGAGAUCUAUCCAGACCCUUCGGAUGAAACUGGCAAGUGGGGCAUGGUCGACGUGAAAGCAGAGAGGCCCCUUGUUCAACCGGUCACUCUUGGGGAGAUGAAAGCUGAUCCCACAUUUGUGGACUUGAUACUCAUUCGUCAGUCGCGGUUGUCAGUGGUGCCGCUUGAAGAGAAGCAUUGGGACAGGAUCAACGAGCUCGGGAGUGUAAAAAGGGAAGAGGAACCAAAGAAGCCUCGGAAACGAGCAAAGAAGGACAAGGGAACCGAAUUGGAGCCAGAGGUGGGGGUUCGAGCUACAAGUGAAGUGGUUGAUGAGGGAGUUGAAGGAGUGGUUGUGAUGGACUCGACAAAGAUCGAAGAGGAAACCGAGAAGGACGAUAAUAAAGGUGGGCCGAAAGGUAGAAAGCCUAGAAAAAGGAAGGCUGUUGAGAGUACAGGGCAGGUCUUGGACGUUGAUGAGAAGAGUCGAAAGGAAAGGACAAGUGGUAGUAAGGUCGUGAACAAGCAAGUGGAGAAGUCGGCAACCAGUACAGAAGGUGAUGCUUCCCUAAGAAGAAGCGGUCGAAGUCAAGAAGACCCUAGGCCUUCAUGCCUGUAAUUUCAGGUUGUCCGUAUUCAAGUUGCACACAUUGGCACAGUGAUCCAGGCUGCACAGUCACUUUGUUGCUGUUCAAAUAUUGCAUGGUGCAGAAGCAAGACGGUUGUCAGUCCAAGGCAGAUUAAGGGAUAAAUGAAUACUGCAAGCCAAUGAUGAGCAUUAAGACUGUACAGGCA